UGUGCGUCCACAGUGAAUGCGCGGUGACUAGGGCCUGUGGCGGGUGCGACGGCGGGGGCGUUGCGGUGGCCACAGUGACGUGCGAGCUGUUGUAGCGAUCAGACGUAUUUCAGGUGUUGCAAACCAUGGACGAGGAUUUGGUAUUUUUACUAGAGAGUCCGAUCUUGAGAUGGGAAGUAUUGAACACAAGAGAUGGUGUACACGAAAUAAAUAAAAACAGAGAAUUAAAUGGGGAAUUUUUUAAUUUGUUCGAAAAAUUGAGAUUGUACCCCACAAAAUUCUUCGAGUACACUCGAAUGUCAAUCUCAACAUUUGACUACAUCUUGAGUAAAAUAGCACCUAAAAUCACGAAAGAAGAUACAAACUUUCGCAAAAGUAUUAGUCCUGCGGAGAAAUUGUUUUUAACUCUAAGGUUUUUGUCAACAGGAACAGGGUUUAGAGCAUUGGCUUAUAGUUUUCGCAUGGGAAAAAGCACCAUUGCGUCCAUCGUUCACGAAACUUGCCGUGUUUUAUGGACUGAGUUAGUUCCUCUACAUAUGCCGAUACCAACAGAACAACGUCUGAAAACUAUCGCCGAAGAUUUUGAAGCCACCUGGAACUUCCCACACUGCAUUGGAGCAAUUGAUGGGAAACAUUGCGAAAUAAAAAAACCACCAAAAUCAGGUUCAGCACAUUGGUGCUAUAAAAAAAGAAAUAGCAUCGUCAUGCAAGCUGUGGCUGAUGCAAAAAGGAAAUUUGUUGCAAUCGAAGUAGGCGGUCGAGGCAAGCAAAGUGAUGGUGGUACUUUUAUUGCAUCAACACUGUAUAAGCUUAUAGAAAAAAAAAAAUACAAAAUUCCUAUGCCAGAGAGACUUUCAAAUUCUGACGUCAUUGCACCCUACGUCCUAGUGGGUGAUGAAGCAUAUCCGUUAAAACAUUAUUUAAUGCGUCCUUAUCCCGAGAGGGUACUCAAUAAUGAGAGAAAAUGUUUUAACAUCAGAUUAUCUACAGCUAGGCAAACAAUCGAAUGCGCAUUUGGUAUUUUAACAUGUAAAUGGAGAAUACUACUGAAACCUAUCGAAACUAACAGAAAGAAUGCCUUGUCUAUAAUAAAAGCUGCGUGCAUACUGCAUAAUGUCAUCAUGGAUUUUAACAGUGAUUGUGAUCUGGAUGUCCAAAGUGUGCUAUCUAACCCACCAAUAUAUGAAAAUCAUCACAGAAACCUCGGAGUAAAUAAUAAUAAUCCAUCACGAAGAGCCAAAAAUGUUCGUAUAAAAUUCACAAACUAUUUCUGGGAACAAUAUCAAAGAUUGUAAUUAUUUAGGUAUAAGUAUAUUAAAUUUACCUUCACUUCCAGGA